AGAAGAAGAAAAAAAAGUGUCAAAAAACAUGGAAGCUAAAGUUGUGUUCUGAAAGGUGGUCCGCGGAAAAAUCGAUUUUAAGCCCCGGAAAAGGGCCGGAAAGUGAGCAGUGCCGGUGGCCACCGGUGCCGGACGCGAUGGAGCGCUUCGCGAUCAACAUUCUGCACAAGCAGAUCUACAAAAUAUGCCGGCUUUGCGGGGUCGACCAGCCGAGCAAGGUCCCGAUUUUGGAGGAGACCGAAAUCGAGAUCAUAGUCGGCGACGAAGAAGAAGCGACGCUGGCGAAAAAAAUCCUCGACUGUGUUGGUAUAGAGGUGAGCAAGGAUGACAAGAUGCCGCAAAAUAUUUGCUCUCUUUGUGUGGACAAAAUCAGCGAUUUCUACGAGUAUCGAUUGAUGUGCGCAGCGACGAAUCUGCAGACGCGGACCAUUCUGAACCUGCCGCUGGUGGAACCGUCGCGGAAGCAGCUUGGUAUUGCGGCCAAAGCCGACGUGAAGGACGUCAAGGAGGACGUGAAGAUUGAAGCGGCCAGUUCGAGCAGCUGCAAAAAGGGCAAGAAACGAAGGGGGCCUCCGUCGCCGUCGCCAUCCCCCUCUCCGGCACCGACCACCCGGGUUAAGGCACCGAUCGAUGUUAAGGACGAACCGGUUCCGUCGACGCCGGUCAAGGCCCUGACCAAGAAGGAGCGACUAAAGCAGCUUCAACAGCAACAACUCCUGGCUCAGCAAAAACUCGAAAAGGACAAGGAAUCCGAAGCGGAACUGAAGCAAACCCGUUCCAAGCGCAAAGAACCGUCUCCGGAUGAGGCGGAACCGAGCAGCAGCAAGCAGCAAACGGCGAAAUCCGAACUGACCGUGCCGGUGCCGAAGAAGAUCAAGUUUGAACAUCCCUGUUCGUUCUGCUCGGACGAGUUCAAAACGCAAACCGAGCUGGACAGCCAUCUCGGGCUGAAACACGUUCCGACGGUGCGCAAGUUUGGCUGCGGGUCGUGCCGGGAAACGUUCGAGUCCGUGCUGGAGUUCAAGGACCACAAUCUGUGGCACCAGUUGACACGUACUCCGUACACUUGCUUCAAGUGCAAGCGGAAAUGGGACAAAAACGCUGCCCUAGUCAAACACGUUUCGCUGAAUGCGUGUGGCCGCAUUUCCCGGGGUCGCCCUCCGGCGAUUCUACCGGAUGUGCAGUGUCGGUUGUGCAACAGAAAGUUCAAGACGCAGAACCUGUUCGAAUGGCACAGCUGCUUCCUGAAGCCCAAGUCCAAGUGUCCCAAGUGUGACAAGUACUUUGUGAAGAAGCAAAUCCUCACCCGUCACUACAUGAUGUUCUGCACGGGAACACUGCCCCCGCCGGAACCGCUGCUCAUCCCGAAAGAUGAACCGGUUGAGCAGCCCGCAGCUGUCAACAGCAAAUCCGGAGCUGCCGCCGUCCCGGGAACGGCCGCUGGUACCGCCGAACGUCGAACACGUCGUUCGUUGCCCGCCGAACCGGAACUGCCCAAGGAGGAGCGAGAAAUUCCGUUCCCGCCUCCGCUCGAGCUGGAACCGGAAGCUCCUGCACCGACUCCUUCGUCCAGCGCCAGGAAGCGAGGACGGCCCAAGAACGCACCUCCCUCCGUUGAAGCUCCAGCUCCAGCUGCUGCUCCGGCCGAUGCCGCAGCAGACAAGAUUGCCACCCUGCUCGACACCGGUUCCAAGCUGGACAAGGACACCGACAUUGCCACCAUCAACAAUCUGCUCAGCUCCGUCACGGAAGCGAUCGCCAGUAUUUCCGAGGCCAAGGCCAAAAAGAAGAAAAAGAAAAAGGACAAAACCAAGGACCGCGUUCGGAACGUCGACACGCCCACCGCCGAAAACAGCAGCUCUCCGGUGGACACGCGAACCGAGGAAGAACGGAAGGCGGACGAGUUUGCCGAGCAGGCCGCCCAGAUGAGCAUGGACGAGCAGCUGGCACUGUGCAAGAUGCCGAUGGUGGUGCUGGCCAAGACGACCUUCAAGCAGGAAACCACCGAAAUUGACACGGAACCGUCGCAACUUCAGGAACCGCUUGGAAAUGGCGACGACGAUGACGACAACUACGAAGAAUCGGGUAACGACUACGGAGGAUUCCAGGACGAAGAUGACGAAGAAGCUGCUGCGCCACCGCCACCACCAGCGGCAGCUCCGGCACCUGCCGCGGAAGAAAUUCCCUUCCCGAUGCCCAUCAAGCAGGAAGAGGACACGCCUGCCGAAAGUGAAUCUCAACCGGCCGACAAAGAAGCACCGCCACCACAAGACACGACGUUCAACGAGCAGUUGGCGCUCAACAUCAAGCGGGAACCCGGCUUGGAGGAAGAUUCCGAACCACCAGCGGCUAAAAAAAGACGUCCCGAGUCGCGCACUUCGGUGGCCUCCCCGGCGUCCACCCUCAGCUCGUCCUCCGGGCCAGUCCGAGGCUCACCCAAGCCGACGCUUAUCCUCAAAAUCAAAAAGGAAAAAGGUCUCCUCAACGCAACGGUCUCGGAACCGAUCAGCGUGGACGACGACGAAGGAGACGAGGUGGAGGAACGCUCCCAGUCCAAGGCACGAAAAAGUGUCUACAAAAAGCCGAACGUUUUGGCUGUGCGAAUCAAGCAGGAAAAGGUCGAUCCCGCGUACGAACGGCAAGAAAUCAUCGCCGCACAAUCCUCGGAACUUCCCGGCGGAAUCCGCAUCAAGCAGGAGCGCAUCGACCCGGAAGAACUGGAAUCCUCAAGUUCACCAAUCGAAGCGCAAGAUCUGGGCGAAGCUCCUGCCCGCAAGAAGCAACGCCAAACGAGGGAACCCUCCCCCGUUAUCGCAUUCGACGGAGUUCGCAUCAAGCAGGAAAAACCGGACCGCCCGGUGGAACCAGCAACCAAAUCUGCCACCCCAUCACCCUCACCGGACGCCACCCCAAAACCAACGGAGAAGAAAAAGAAAUCCAAGGUCAAAAUCAACCCGUUCGCCCUGCUCAAGCAACGAAUGGCGGCCGAGGCCGCGGCCAAGAGCGCGUCCGAACCCCCACAGUCCGCAUCCCCUCUCCCGGUCAUCACGAACGUCGUGGGCAACGCGGCCGCCUCGACGGCAUCUUCCUCCACGCGAAGCAGUAUUUCCGGGGACGCGGAACCCGCACCGGAGCAACCCGUCCCCGUAAUUGCCCAGGUGCAGUCGAUAGCGAAGGACGCCGCCGUCGAGGAUGACUUCCCGAUGCCAAUCAAGGAGGAACCGACGGAGGAGUCUUCGACUGCUGCUGAUGAAAAGAAGGUGGCGGAUGGGGGAGACGAGGAAGAAGAGCAGGACGAGUUUCCGAUGCCGAUUAAGGAGGAGGCACCGGAAGAAGCGCCGCCAGCGGAAAGUGCGGACGAUGCGGAAGAGGACGAGUUUCCGAUGCCCAUCAAGGAGGAACCGGAGGAAUCUCAGAAUGGCGUGGUGGAGCAGCCCAGUGCGGUUGAAGAGGAGGAGAAGUCAAAGGAUGUCCCAGAACAGGCUGAAGAGCCUGCAGCAAAGGAGAAAGAUGACGCAAAUGACGAGGAACCAGGUUCUAGUCCUGAAAAGGUCGAAGAACCUGCGACGGAAGAAAUUGACGAAAAGGAAGACGAAGAUGCGAAAUCUUCACCUGAAGAAGCUGAUGAACCGGAGGCGAAAGAUGCUUCUCCUGAAGAACCGGAAGAAGAAGAAUCUACUCCUGAAGAGCCGGAGGUGGAGGAAUCUUCUCCUAAAGAGAUUCAGGAAGAAACGAAGUCGCCAGAAGAGCAGAAAACUGAAGAACCGGAGGAUGAAGAAAAGUCGCCAGAGGAGAAUCAAGACGAACAGGAGUCCGCUGAAGAGCAGAACCCUCAAGAAUGCUCUGAACCAUCACCAGCUCCUGCUGAAGAGACCAAGGAAGACGAAGUUGAAUCAACACCAGAAGACACUAACGGCGAAGAGCAAGACCAGCCAGCAGAACCGGAAGACGCGCCAGCAAAACUUGACGAACCCCUCGAAGACAUUCCGGAGGAAUCUACGUCGCCCAUUUCGGACACGCCCAUGGACGAGUACGAGCAAAACUCACAAGAGCAACCGGAACCUCGACCCGAGAAAUCCGACGAACCACCCAAGCCAGCACCCGAGUCCGACUUUGAGGAGCUGCAGAACCUGCUGACGGAGGGCUUGAGGCCACCGGACCUGGACUGCUCGACGUCGGUGACCGAAACCGGCACGCAACCGCCCGAGACGGGCGGCCUCGACGUCGAUUUGGACAGCUUGCUGAACAACAAGCUGGACGAGAUUUCCGGCGGGGCGCCGCAGCAACCCGACGAUCUGCAGCUGGCCAUUGAGCGCGAACUGCUGAACGAGAUGAUGCCACCGGCGCCGGUGGCGCAAGCGAAUGAAGGUACUGGCAACGGUCAGGAGCAAUCGUUGUAAAGGGGAACGGCAGCGUAGCUUCAUUUUUUUGAAAUCCAGUGUUUUAUUGUCUUGACCUCACCCCCUUUGGAUCUGCGACAAAUCUUCCUCCUACAUUAUAACUAUUAGAGAGUGUUUCGAGAGUGGUGAAUUCGUGACACGCGCAUAUUCACGAACGCAUGAAUAGAUAAGUGUAUUAUUUGCCAGCCAGAUAUGUUCGACGAUUUGGUUGAAAGAGCUUGUAUAGUUUCUUUAUAAUUUGCGACUACAUUACUCACGAAACCGGAAUUAUUAUUUUUUUCGUGCUUAUCGCUCAAUUCUGGAGCAUUAAAAUAUUUUCUUCCUAAGUUCUUUUUUUAAAGAAGCAAAAAAAUAGAGUACUCCUAAGUUUUCACAUUUGCUAAAUAAUUUAGACAAGAUAAUUAGUCGAUAAACUAUAGACAUUAUUCUGAAUGUAAGAGUAGAUCCCAGAAUAGACGUGUAAGAGAUUGUUUUUGGAAAUAAGUGAUGUGAGCAACAACAAAAUAAAAAAAAGGAAAUCUGUAUUGCUGAAAGUAAUAGUGGAUAGUGAAAUAAGAGUGACGGCGAAAUAAUCUAAUAAAUCAACAGUAAAUA